CUUCCUCAUCUUCUUCUCCUUCUUGUUCUACUUUCUCCCUUUGAAAUAUCUUUAUAUAAAGAGUGCAAGUUUUUCAAUGGAAAAAUUCCAAAUCUUAUUUCCAUAUUCAUCAUCACCAACACAGCCAUCAUCUAUUACUACUACUAAUAAUUAUUCUGUCUCAUCAAACAUGACAAAUAAUUCCCAUGUUCUUGCCAAUUUUGAAGGAAAUAAUAAUAAUUCUUAUGCGGGUUUCUUGGAAUUGAAGUUAGAAAAUGAUCAAGUAGGUUCUUCGGUACCGGAACCCGAAUUAGGCAUGGAUAUAAAUAGCGGAAGCUUUGGUGAAAGUGAUGAGAUUAGAUCAAGCAAAAAGAGAGGUGAAAAGAAGAUUAAAAAGCAAAGAUAUGCCUUUCAAACAAGAAGCCGAGUUGAUAUUCUUGAUGAUGGUUAUAGGUGGAGAAAAUAUGGACAAAAAGCUGUGAAACAUAACAAAUUUCCAAGGAGCUACUAUAGGUGUACACAUCAAGGGUGCAACGUAAAAAAGCAAGUGCAACGCUUAACAAAAGAUGAAGAUGUUGUAGUAACAACUUACGAAGGAAUGCACACUCAUCCUAUACAGAAGCAAACAGAUAAUUUCGAACAUAUCUUAAGCCAGAUGCAAAUUUACACUCCAUUCUAAUCAAGUGAUCGAUUAUAGUGGCGAUACGAUGAAAAUUACGGCACGUAAUCUUGAAAAGAUUAAUGUGUUGUACGUAUACUUUUUAGUAAAUGUAAUUAUUACAAUAAGGUUUGGCAAAGUAGAAGGCACCGUUUUAUAGUAAUAUCAGCACAAUUGCAGAUUAAGUUCUUGAUUGUGUUCAUUAUAGACUCUUUAUAAAAUUUCCUUCAAUUCUUUUU